CACACUUAAACGCUUUCAACACGUGUUUAACAAUAAUUGUAAUAUUGUGCUGAAGAGUAUUAUUUUCUGAAUUAAAUUAAAAUGGGUAAAGUAAAAUUGGAGAAAGCUGAUGCGGGCGAUGUUUCCAUCAAAGUCAGCGGAGAUGUGUCAAUCAAGGAGGAGGAGACAUAUGAUGACAAACUAUUGUUCAUCAACGCCAUAGCAAAGCCAAUGGCAGGCAAGAAGCUGUCCAAGAAAUGCUAUAAAUUGAUCAAGAAAGCAAUGAAACAUAAAACCUUCUUGCGCAAUGGCUUAAAGGAUGUGCAGACAAGACUGCGCAAAGGCGAAACUGGCAUUUGCAUAUUUGCCGGCGAUGUUACACCUGUGGAUAUCAUGUGCCAUCUGCCUGCUGUGUGUGAAGAGAAGGGCAUUCCCUACACUUAUACGCCAAGUCGCGCUGAUCUGGGUGCCGCAAUGGGCGUGAAGCGUGGCACAGUUGCUUUGCUCAUCCGCCAGAAUGAGGACUACAAAGAUCUUUAUGAUGAGGUCAAGGAAGAGUUAGCUGGCCUCACCAUACCCGUUUGAGCUUCCCUAAUAAUAGAAUACUCUAAUUAAGAACUGUACUCCUAAGUGACAAAAGUGAAAACAAAAAAUAAAGAGGUAGUAAUAUAUCUUAAUAAAAA